GGUUGAUAAUUAUCACUGAGAAGAAACUAGCACAUCAGGAGUUCAUUUUCCAUCUUAGCACUUGUGGCGCUCCUUUGAACUCCUCUUGCCAAACCCGCGUUCCCACUCUGUCACUUUCCUCCCUCCAUCAUAAAAAGGUCCCGGCAGCCGGCGGCUCCAGCCUUUGCUGGCGGGCAGAGGGCAUUGCUUCUCCCGAGCGCUCCCUCCGGCAUGGACAAGUUGCACGAGACGUUGAUAAACAUGGAAGAUGCUUUGGGUUCGGAGCACUCCGUUUGCUUAUCGUCCUGGGACUGGAAAAACACCGCUGGGGCUUUCGAGCUGCACCCCGUCUCCUCUCCCCACAGCUUGUCCCCGACACCCUCCUUCGAAUCCUACUCCUCAUCGCCUUGCUCAGCGGCGGCGGAGACCUCCUACGGCAGCGGGGGCGGUGGUAGCCUGGUGGGCUACAGCCUGGUGGGCUACGGCCUGGUGGACUUCCCCCCCGCCUACCUGCCCAGCCCCGGGCAGGCUCGGCUGCCCAAGGGCACCAAGGUGCGGAUGUCCGCCCAGCGCAGGAGGAAGGCCAGCGAGAGGGAGAAGCUGCGGAUGAGGACCCUGGCCGACGCGCUCCAUACGCUGCGCAACUACCUGCCCCCCGUCUACAGCCAGAGGGGACAGCCCCUCACCAAAAUACAAACCCUGAAGUACACCAUCAAGUACAUCAGCGAACUGACGGAGCUCCUCAACAGUGUCAAGCGGGCGUAG